AUGUAUUAUAUAGCAAUGUUACUUAUUAUUAUAAGUGUUGAAGCUAAACUUAGAAUAUACGUAACAGAUACGCCCAUACAGAGAAUAGGAAGCAGAUUGUACAAAGUAGAUCUACUGUCAGACAAUUUUAAAGACCCGAAAGAGUUAGCAUACGAUUCGUCGAGCAGAAAUCUAUACUUCAUGUACAUGGAUGACGAACUACAGAAUUCUGGACGUGCUAAAAUUAAUAUAAUAACAAAACAGGCAAUGAAAAUCAAAGGAAUUGAACGGAAUAAAGCUACGGCGGUUGACCAAGAAACCGGUGAUGUAUAUUUCGGUUCUGACGAUGGUUUAUACAAAUACGAUCCAGUAGAAAACAAAGCAAGAAAUAUUGGUUUAUAUAACAUGAAUAUCUUCAAACUAGUGAUACGAAGUAAUGAUAUGUAUUUGAUAGAUGCGAAUAAUCACAUGCUUUAUAAGAUAUACGACCAAGGUACUACAGCGGUUAAGGUAGGACAUUUGAAGACUAUAGUGGAAUUCGACGUGGACUAUCAAAGGAAUAUACAUUUGGUGACAAUGUGCGGUGUGUAUUGCGUGUUCGGUGGCAUUGAGGUCAUUAAGAAUAAAGAUCUAUCUAUAGUAUAUCACUUUAUAAGCGAUGAGCAGAAAACCUUCGGUGUGACUGAGGACGGAUUGUAUGAAAUAGACUGUCUAAAUGGGACAGCCAAUCGUGUGGCAAAUUUGAACUUUUUUCCUAGAAGCAUCACUUUCGGUGAUUAUGGAGAUAUUUUUUAUACGAUAGACGAUAAAAUAAUUAGAUUGAAACCACUUAAUUCGUAUACAGUGUAUAAUAUUCAUAGGAAUGAACGUAAUUAA